AUGGGCUCAGAUUCGUUAGCGUCGUGUCGUUGUUCAAAGGUCGCUGCUCACUACCAUUUGAAAGAGGGUCGCACUAUGGAGAAAGAAAUGAUGGUUGUAAUGGAGGAGAAGCAUAGCACGUUCAUCGUUGACGCUUUUGCAGCGAAGAGAUUUGCUGGGAAUCAGGCCGCUGUGUGUUUGAUUCCUCGGGUGUUAAGGGAUGAGGAGUAUCAGCAAAUUGCCGCUGAAUUUAACCUGUCGGAAACAGCCUUUCCAAUCCCGACUGACGGCAAUUUUCAGACAGGUGACUUAGAAGGAUACAACGCUGGACAUCUUCUACUUACUAGUCUAUUUCAGCCAGCAAGUUCACGUUUACGGUGGUUCACUCCAGAAACGGAGGUGCCGUUGUGCGGACAUGCCACGCUCGCCUCUUCUCAUGUUUUGUUUAAUGAAGUCGGUAACAACUCAUCUACGAUCACAUUUGCGACCAAAUCUGGAGAUCUCAUUGUCAAAAGAGGAGCUCGAAAACUUGUUGAGAUGGAUUUUCCUCAAUAUGCCAUCACCGCUAUUCAGUUCCACACUGAUCCAAGUCCAUUAGCGAGAAUAUUUCCUGAGGUCAGAGACAGUAUGAAAACCACUUCAAAUGUCGCGGGGUGUUGGAAUGACUUUGUUUAG